GUUUCAAAUGAGAGUUCAGGUGUAUCAGGUGUAUCCAGGUGUGUUCAGGUGUGUUCAGGUGUAUUCAGGUGUAUCAGGUGUAUCCAGGUGUGUUCAGGUGUGUUCAGGUGUGUCCAGGUGUAUCCAGGUGUGUUCAGGUGUAUCAGGUGUGUUCAGGUGUGUUCAGGUGUGUUCAGGUGUGUUCAGGUGUAUCAGGUGUAUCAGGUGUGUUCAGGUGUGUUCAGGUGUGUUCAGGUGUGUUCAGGUGUGUUCAGGUGUGUUCAGGUGUGUUCAGGUGUAUCAGGUGUGUUCAGGUGUAUCAGGUGUGUUCAGGUGUGUUCAGGUGUGUUCAGGUGUGUUCAGGUGUGUGUCAGGUGUGUGUCAGGUGUGUUCGGGUGUAUCAGGUGUGUUCAGGUGUGUUCAGGUGUAUCAGGUGUAUCAGGUGUAUCCAGGUGUGUUCAGGUGUGUUCAGGUGUAUUCAGGUGUAUCAGGUGUAUCCAGGUGUGUUCAGGUGUAUUCAGGUGUAUCCAGGUGUAUCAGGUGUGUUCAGGUGUGUCCAGGUGUAUCCAGGUGUAUCCAGGUGUGUUCAGGUGUACCAGGUGUGUUCAGGUGUAUCAGGUGUGUUAGGUGUGUUCAGGUGUGUUCAGGUGUGUUCAGGUGUAUCAGGUGUAUCAGGUGUGUCAGGUGUGUGUCAGGUGUGUGUCAGGUGUGUUCGGGUGUAUCAGGUGUAUCAGGUGUAUCAGGUGUGUUCAGGUGUGUUCAGGUGUAUCAGGUGUAUCAGGUGUAUCAGGUGUAUCAGGUGUAUCAGGUGUGUUCAGGUGUGUUCAGGUGUGUUCAGGUGUGUUCAGGUGUGUUCAGGUGUGUUCAGGUGUAUCAGGUGUAUCAGGUGUGUUCAGGUGUGUUCAGGUGUAUCAGGUGUGUUCAGGUGUGUUCAGGUGUAUCCAGGUGUGUUCAGGUGUGUUCAGGUGUGUUCAGGUGUAUCAGGUGUGUUCAGGUGUGUUCAGGUGUGUUCAGGUGUAUCAGGUGUGUUCAGGUGUGUUCAGGUGUAUCAGGUGUGUUCAGGUGUAUCAGGUGUGUUCAGGUGUGUUGCUGCUGCUGACCGUCAUCAGGUCCAGGUUCUUCUCCACAGAGUGGACCAUGCUCUCCAGGUCCUGGGCCUCCUUCUCCUCCUGAUGCCUCCUCAGCAACAGCUCCU